GAAUAAACGUAGUGACGUCAUUGGUGAGCGCCUCUGCUGGCCUUCGAGAUGGGCUUGACUCCUUAGCCUUGAUUUCUUCAAUUGUCCCCCCGCAUAUCAACUUUUAUUAAAGAAACGCCCGUUCGCGAUGACAUUUGGAGGUGCAUUGGCAGAUGAGGUCAGCCAGGUGAUUUCAGAACUGGUUCCUGUGCAGGCUGACCAGCUUGCAAGUUUCAGUUCCUGUGCAGUACAGUAAAGCAGUGUGCUUGGUCAGAGGAUUGCAAUGAAACCAGCUCAGGAGCGCAACCAGGAGUGCCUGCCUCCAAAGAAGAGGGACCUUCCCAUUAGUAACAGCAGUGGAGCUGGAGGGACAGGGGGAGGUGGGGCUGCAGCAGGAGGUGGCAGCAUUGCUGGUGGCAUUGUUGGUGGUAGUAUUGGAGAAGAUGAAGUGGUUUCUACCCAGAACUCUGCACCCAACAGUGACACUCAGGGAGCGACCCCAUCAGCAGAGUGGCUGCGAGCUCAACCAGGGCUUCAUUAUGGAGUGGAAAAUUCAGACGGCAUACCAGCAGUGCCCGUUGACCAAUACAGUAUGCUCUACAAAGUGGCCCUUCCUUCUGUUACCUACGCACCUACCAGUCUUCACCCAGUGUUAAGCCACAUCUCUCCAGCCUAUACUGUACACUCUCCUCUCCUGCAGCAUCCAGGCCUUCCCUAUCCUCCUCUUGGUUAUGCACAGAUCCCUCAUUCCUCUCUCCAGUUUGUUAGCUCCCCUUAUGCAGCGGUACCUUAUGCUCUGCCCCCUGGCUUUGUCCCGGGAUCAUUAAUCUCUCCCUCAGGCACCAUCCCUCAGCCUCAUGCUGUGUCCCACCUGGUUCCUUAUCCAUCUGUCAUACAGGAAGGUGUUGUUUCCCCACCUCCCCCGCCCCAGGUAGCUACUCAUACCUUUGCCAAAGUUGCAGCCUCAAGUGGUGUCCCACUGAUGCUGCCUUCAGAGCAAGCUGCCCAGCAGCACCUUGGUACUGUUGGAGUCCUGCCUGCAGCAGAGCUCAGCUCUCGAGGGAUGCCGGUCUACUACCAUCCUCAGGGUGUCAGGGCUCCUGCCACCAGAGAUUCUCACAGUUCCCAGCAGGAGAAUGAACCAGAGAUGAAUGGAGGGGAUAAAGAGCAAGGAGUCAGGGAGGCUGUACUAGAAUCUGCCUACACUGCCAGAAAUACACGUCUGCUGCAGGUAGCAUCCAGCUCUGCAGCACAGGAACAUAGCCAAGACAAAAUCCUGCAGAACCGAAGGCUAGAAGAGAGAAGCUCACCUGGUCAGCGCAGCACUCCAGACAGCGACCUGGAGGUGCAGCAGGUGGUUGGCCGUUUGGCUUCCUCCAGCCAAGGAGGUAGUGGAGUGCGGAAAGAAGUCUCCUUUGCUCCCUUGAACCUCUCUCAGGGCGGCCAGAGAGCCAGAGAUGUCCAUGGAGAGAGCAAAGGUGUAGUUUCUGCCCGCACUGGGUACAUGGCCCAGCCAGCGAGUUACAGUGAUCACAGAGUAAGCAGUUUGCCGCAACAAACAGGACAACCAGGCCAUGCAGUCAUGCUGGCCAAUGGGCAACCGGUUCUUAUUCCUCUGGAGUAUCCCCCGCACCAACCGCCACAGCAACACUACCCAGGACAGGCUAAUGAUGCCUCAGCCAGCCAUGCUUCUACCACCAUGGCCUCUAGCUCAAGCUUUAAAUCCUCUGAUUCUUUAGCCAGAGUGUGCCUCCCCGAAAGGGCAGAGCCAACCACAGCUCAGCCGCAGCUUCCCCUGCAGCCUCCAGUCCAGCCUACAACAGAGGUGACUCAGGCCUUAGCUUCAAGCCUCACUCCUGUCUCGACUCCCUGCAACCCAUCGCACUUCAUGAAGGGGGCAAUUAUUCAGCUGGCUACUGGGGAGCUGAAGCGUGUCGAGGACUUGCAGACUCAGGAUUUUGUGCGUAGUGCCGAGGUGAGUGGGGGGCUUAAGAUCGACUCCAGCUUGGUGAUGGACAUCCGUCCCAGCCAGCAGAGACCAGGUCUAGUGUCACUUCAUUUUACUGUGGGGGAGCAGCAGAGCAAAGUGACCAUAGAUGUGCCCCCGGAGCACCCCUUUUUUGUGUUUGGCCAAGGAUGGUCAUCUUGCAGCCCUGAACGCACGGCACAACUCUACGGCUUGACCUGCCAUCAUCUACAAGUUGGAGACAUGUGUGUGUCCAUCACCUUGCAGCAGCAGCUUCAGCCACAGCAGCAGAAACAACCACAGCACCAUCAUUCACAGCAGCAGCAACAACAACAACAACAACAGCAAAACCUGUCCAGGACUUUGAGUAAAACCAGUGCCACUGGACCUGGUCACCAGCUCAUGGGGCCUCCUGCCCCUCAGCAGUCACGGCCUCAGUCUCAUUUCAGGAUGGACCGCAUCCACAGAGAAAGACAGAGGGAUGGAGAGAAAGAGGUGGUUGAUAAGGAGGAAGUCACACAUUUGGGGGUUGUUGGACACACCGAGAUACCCAUCAGACCUAGUAGGACCUCGGCAGAGCAUCCAAGAAGCCACAGCAGUUACCACUUGCACACAGAGGGCUCUGCUUUUGCAGAGGCAGGAAUAGGAGCAAUGCAGGCAGCACUAGGUGCCUCUCAGAGGCGGUGGUCCUCACCUGGCCUCCAAAGACACAGUAUGAAGGGAGACGAAGGGCCACGCCCUCAGAUUAUCACCUCUGGCCACACAAGACCUUCUUUCAUCACCCAGGAGGUCAAACUGUCCAUCGAGGGGCGCUCUAAUGCAGGGAAGUAGCAUCACAUUUGGUAGCAACUAUAGAAGAGACUGCCACAAGUAAGAAUGAGUUUGACAAGGAGAGAAAGAGGGAGAAAAAGUGCGAAUGUAGCCUCAGAAUGUUUGAGAUUUUGCACACCCUAUAAUAUACAAAAAAUACACGAUUGAUGGCCAUCUGGUGAGAAGUUAUGGUUUGGUUUUCACUCAGCCAAAGGAUAGGAGCCUUUGGUUUCCCAGCCAGCUGAGGUCUGACGGGGAUUUGAAAAGCUGAGUAGAAAGUAUGUAGCUGAUGAAAUGCCUACCAUAGUCCUUACACACUGCAUUUCUCUUCUUCCCUCCCUCCUAUUGUCUCCACUUCCUCAUAUAACCAUAGUUGGAGGUUACCAUCACAUUCACUCUAGCAUUCUAGCUUCUUUUUGACCAAACAGUCUCUUUGAAAGACCACAGACUACAAAAAUGUGUGUGUAGCACAGUGAAGCUACCAACUCUGCAGGUUCUGAUGUAUUAAUAAGAUCACAGUGUGUGAUCUUUUAUCUCCUCCACUCCUAAGAUCCUGUUUCCUUCAAAAGCAUUUACCCAAAAAAGAAUGGAACUGCAGACAUCAGCAGUUCCUGUGGUAAUGUUGGCACUGUUGACGCUGUCAGUAUAUGUUACAUUAUGCUUCUCCAGCAGGAGUCUGUUAACCUUUGCCGUCAGCAGAGAUACUCUCUACCCUCCGUACUUUUCAGUGGGUUGACCUGCAAAGAUUUAGAUCCUCUCUCAGGCCAAGUGUGGAAUAUCCAACUUGUCUUACAAUCAAAUAGUGAUAAAUCAAUCAGUUUGUCUGUUCAGCAAUCAAAAUCUUCUUUCAUCAAACACCAUCAAGCCCUCUGGUUUAGGCUCAGGGCCCUAAUUUAUGUGGAUGCAUUUGCAAAAACGCAGACGAUUGGUAUCAUGUCUUGUUCUCGGUGAUAAUAGAUGUUUUUGCAUUCCAGUGUCAUCUGUGAGACUAUCAUUUAGAGUUUAACUUUUUCACCAUAGAGAAUCAUUUCCCAUCUGGAGCGACGCCCUCCCCCUCCUCGCUGUACCUCAGAACUUUCCCAACCUGACAGAUGAAUUUUAAUGCAAUUUUAAACAGCGUCAUUAAUGGAGGAGACACUGGGUGGAACUCACCAAAGCCACCUGUGGGAAUGAACCAGAGAGACAUUUUCCUGCCACAUCACUGGCUGCACUGCCACAUGAACCCCAGAGUGGGAGGACCUUGUUGUUUGCCUUGUUGAGAAUCCCUGUGUGUGACUGAGGCAGUGGCGAGGUGUUCUCUUUGUUCUAAACUUGAGGUAGUCUUCAGUCACUCACCAAAUUAAAGCAAUAGUUGUUUUUACAGCAUGUGGCUGUAUUGCUCCGUACUCCCCUCCUCUGGGAUUUGUUUAUCGUGGGCUGUCGUACAUCUCUGUACGUCUGAGGAGUGAGAUCUGAAAUUCUCACCCUUCAGACCUGACUUUUAAAGUGAUGCACUAUUUUGGUGUUUAUUUUCUUUGAUUUAAUAGUUCUGCAUGAGAAGCAGCUUUCUCAAAACAUUUAUAGAUUAACUCCAUCUCACUGAUGAUAUUUAAUCUUAUGGAUUUACUGAAGUCCAUCAGAGGUCUGACUCUAAGUUGUGACCGUUAUUCAGUUAGUUUCUGUUUGAUCUUUGUUGUUUCAAAGUAUACAGUCCUAUAUACGAUUGUCUUGUUGCACAUCGCAGAUCUCACCCACUGAUUUCACACUGACCUUGAAAUAGGAAUCACAGUACACUAGAUGUGUUUUUUUAAUGAAGGGAAUAUGUUUUAAGUAGUGUUGUUGGUGGUUUGUGGCGAAAGACAAAAAACUGACUCGCAUUUCUAACUCUGUUUACAAAUUAGCCAAGAUGAAUGCUGCAGUUUCUUCUUUCUUCUCACAUAUUUUUACCUAUGUCUCUGAAAAGAAUCCAAAAGGGUGAAAUUGAAAAUAAGUGCAAUUAGGUCACACAUGAAAUCAUUCAGAGGGUAAUCAGAUGACAUUCCUUAUGCAGACAUUCCCAUCAAAAAGUGUAAAUCACACAAUGCCAGAUUUCUUUUGUUCUGCCGUAGACCUUUGGACUCUCUGGCAAAACGUUGAAACUCUUUUGAAUAUUUUGUGCAUUUUCUGUUGUAUCUUCUCUCGCUGAAAUGUGCUCAGACAGGUACACCAGUUAGUUACACGGCUGUCAGUUUUGUGUCCUGUACUUGCAAACCUUUGAAGCAGCUCGUCCAUCAGAGACAGACACUGCUGUGUGUAUGUGUCCCUUAACUCCUGGUGGUUCACUGAGUGUACAGCCUGACCUUCUGUCAGCAGGUGGAGAGGCCGUGAGACUAGACUGUCAUCUUCUCUCAGUAUGAACAGCUUUAAAGAAUAGGCUCACAGUUUUUACGCUUGCCUUUAAACAACUCUUUUGUGCACAUAAAGGACAACAGUGAUUUAACUGUUCCUCCUGUCCUUAGUGGCUGUGUAAAGAUCCCUUCUUGAUGCUACUGCAGCUGUCUUUCUGUGCAGUGAUGCAUAAUUCAGGAGACACAGUGAGACAAAUCAACUGAGUAGCUCUCAAAGUUGUAGUUAUUGUUAAUUCAUUAAACGUUUUGAUCUCCCCCUGCUGCUCAACAUCAGAAUCAUGUGCAGGGGUAGACAACUUCACAUUAAAAUAGCUAUUUUUUAUCUAAGCCUCAUAUUAGCUUCAAUUUAAAUUUAGAAUGCAUUUAUUCACAGACAAAAAACUACAUUUUGUUCCCCAUCGAUCACUGAAACUGUAAUCUGCAAGGAAUCUCUUUAUGGCCUGCGUGGACAGGAGAAACCACGACAAUUUAAAUCUCUUAACAGUCACCAGGGCCUGUUGAAACAAGUGCAAAAUAGAUUAGCAUUGUGUGUAAAGAUAUUUUUAAAAUAUUCCAUAAAGGGUUGGAUUCAUAAGAUUGUUCUAAAUUUAAGUGUUCAAUUCAUUUUACGUGAGUUAAGGCCCAGAGGUCUGGAAUUUCUUGUAUUAUAAUCGCUUUCAUUUUGGUUUUGCCACACAGUUGCAUCGUAAUUCCAUAAAAAGGUGUGGAUGUUAAGAGGUGAAUAACUCUCAGUGUGCCUAUGGUUUUGUUUGUGCUGUAUUAAGUCUGUGACCCUACACUUUAAAAUGUUUUUUACUAGAGUUAACACAUCUCACUAUCAGACGCUCACCAUUUUGAGUUUUUUUUCAUGCUCUAAGCAAUAUACAUAAUAGCUGAAAACAUUUCACGUAGUCUUGGCAUGUUCUAUGCAGUAAACUCAGUAUUGUACCCUCCUUUGUCUUAAGUAUGGCUCUCCGAAGCAGCAGGGCAGGUUGGCUGGUGCAGUCAUUUAAUGCUGAUGUCUGGUUAUAGGAUUAUUUCCCUUUUUAUAGGAUUUCAAAGCAGUAUUUUUGCUUUGCCACUUUCUAUUUUGCGCUCGGCGAUCCUUUUCUUUCCAAGUAUAGCACAGUGCUGAGUGACAGAUCAGUGGACUUUCAUUGUUUUCUUACGAUGCCACAUGGUUGAAGCCAAAUCGCUCAAGACGAGUGUCACUCAAAUCGUGACGCGUUUGUCCAGCGUUAUUUCGGUGCGAUUGCCAAACCACUUCAGCGUUGUACUUUAGGUCAAGAUGCAUUUGACGGGAUUUAAAUGGUGCCAGCAGUGUCACCUGUGACUUUACCUCCCGUUAAUUCUCACAGCGAGACCAUGCUGCGCUACCACGAGCCUUUCUGUUCAUGCCCUCUGCUUUGGAAAGCGUUUAACAGGAAACAUAAAAACCAAGAUGUCUGAUCAUUUUUAUCCACAUCACUGAUAGUCUGUUGCUGUAAGUAAUUGCACUAAAUGCCCUCCUUUACAGUGUUUUUAAGAUGAAAUCUGUUGGUAAAUUGAAGCGUUUUCGAAAAUGUAAAGCACACAAAGUCAUGGAGAAAUCACAGGUUGUGUGUUUCUGUAGAUAGAUGUUUUGUUUUUUUUUCCUUUUUUUGUACAGAUAGCUUUGAUGAUGCUUGUCGAUAAUGCCUUAAAUUCCGCUUUGUACAAUGUGUGAAACUGAGAUAAUGGAGUAAUGCUUCUGGUGGACUCGGUGUUCCCUUUUUAGGUUGCACAAGAGCAAAUCAGAAAUGUCAAGCCUCGACACUCUCAUCUUGUUUUUGAGCAGAAAUUCAUAUUUAGACGUCUCAAAGGGUGAAUUCUCUUUGGGCCCUAGACGGUUCAACAAUGAAAUCUGCGACUUUUUGUUUGUUUACUGUUAUUUUCUUCCCCCCCAGUUUUCUGUUCCGUUACAUUUUUAAUGCAUUCUUUAUACUCACACUUAAGAUUUAAUUCCUGUCUUUCCAAUAUGUGGAAGUGAAAUAAACGGAAGCUCCCCUCUGCACUUUUUUACCAGACAAAGCCAAGAGUGUCUGCAGUGGAGGGCAGUCCAUUAAUUCCACACAUGCAUAGACAAACAUACACAGAUCUGUUGUUUUUAUUGUUCUUGCACAAGAUCUGUAGUUUCUUUUUAAAUCCCUAGACUUAAUGGGUUGUGUUUGGCAUCUUGUGCUCUGUCCCACACUCUCUGGACAACAGAAGGUGGGUUUGAUUAAAUGGAGACAGAUGGGCUGCAUAAAUCGGAUAGCUUUCCAUUGUUUGUAAUGUGACGGUUUAUUGCAUUUUGCGAUGUUGCUAGUGGGAACUUUUGCGUGAACUCCUUCCCGUUGGUCCGGUGUCAAACUGCAAAGGUGAAUUUAGAACAGUUUUGGUGUUUCUGAUGUCGAAUUAAAUCAGGAGAAUGGUUAAAAGUUUUAAAAGAAGUCUGUAUAUUUUCAGAUUUUACAUUGUACUUUUUAUUUUUCGCACAAGGUGACACUGCUUUUCAUGUGACAUGUAACUUAUCUAAAAACAAAAAUGAAACAAAAAACAGCGUCUUUUUUUUAAAUGCCUAAAUCUGCAAAAUAUAUGCAAUUAUGUAAAUGUAACAUUCAAUCCUCAAGUAUAAUCCAGGUUGUAUGAACUUUGUAUAGUGAGUUUUAAUAUCGUAUGGCCGUACCAACAUGUAUUGAUCUUUAUCAGAAGCCUUAGAGUUGUCGACCCAAAGUGCUCCCUUAGAAUACCCUACACCUACCUGACUUUAACAAAACAUUAAUAUCUCUAUUUUGUUGCAUUUUUAUUUGUACCCUUUUUGAAUAAAAUAGAUUUGUACUGUAUAUUUGUACCUCUCUGUGAACUACUUAGGGCGGUUUUUCGUUUUUUUUUUUUUUUGUUUUGCUGUUUUAAUUCUAUGUACUUUAAGGACACAAAGAUAUUGUAUUUUUAUUGUUACAGCUAACUUGGAGACAUUGCAUUUAUCAUGUUUGUUAAGUAAACACAAUAUAAUAUAUAUAUAAAUAUAUAUACAAAUAUAAAUAUAAACAAUUA